AUGCAGUUCAAGUACAUCCUCGCCGCCCUCCUCCCGGCCGCCCUCGUCUCUGCUCAGGCGGCAGCAAUCUCCUCUCUCCUCAGCGAGGCCACGGCCGAUGCCACCAGCGCCCUCCAGAGCAUUUCCAGCGAGGCUAGCGUCCUCAGCAGCUCAGCCACCCAAGUUGCCACUACUGCCAACAUUGCCUCCUCUGCCGCCAGCAGCCUCGACGCUCUCACCGCAUCGGCCUCGAACGCCAUCUCCAGCGUCCUCUCGGAAAUCAACUCUGCCACCUCCCACGUCGCUUCCAAGGCUUCUUCCGCCAUCAACUCGGCCACUUCUCAUGGAGGUGCCGCUGAGACUGCCGCUCCCGUUCUGGCUGCUGGCAUUGUCGCCGCGCUCGCUGUUUUGUAG